GUGCCCAAAUGGUUCAGCAACCAACUAUUUUUACAUUUUUCGACACAAUGGAAAAGGUUUUAUUAGAGCAAGGUUAAUUUUAAAAUUGGAAUUAAACGCUGAAUACAAAGACUUCCUUUUUUGGAUUCACCGUGGUCUUGUUUUCGUCUUUUGCUUGGACAUCAUUUUAUGUAACAGAACUUUCACUGUCUGGAGUCUGGACUGACAUUCUUUUGAGCACUGAAAGGACGUUUUGUGCCACGCCCCCCCGCCCAAAACAAAAAGGAAUAACGAGCUCGUCCAGUUGAGUAAUGGUCAUUAAUACCAUCCACUGGUUCAGGAAGGGCUUGCGGCUCCACGACAACCCGUCGCUGAAGGAGGCGCUGCAGGGAGCGGACAGCGUCCGCUGCGUGUACAUCCUUGACCCCUGGUUCGCCGGCUCCUCCAACGUGGGCAUCAACAGGUGGAGGUUCCUCCUGCAGAGUCUUGAGGACUUGGAUUCCAGUCUCCGCAAGCUCAACUCUCGUCUGUUUGUGAUCCGAGGUCAACCCACUGAUGUCUUUCCCAGACUUUUCAAGGAAUGGAACAUUACUCGUCUGUCUUAUGAAUAUGACUCUGAGCCCUUCGGGAAGGAGCGGGACGCUGCCAUCAAGAAGCUGGCCUCUGAGGCCGGAGUGGAGGUGACGGUUCGCGUCUCACACACACUCUAUGACCUGGACAAGAUCAUAGAGUUGAAUGGAGGUCAGUCGCCCCUCACCUACAAGCGGUUCCAGACUCUCAUCAGCCGUAUGGACCCAGUGGAGUUGCCUGCGGAGUCCAUUACAGCUGAAAUCAUGGGGAAAUGCGCCACACCGCUGUCUGAGGACCAUGACGACAAGUUCGGGGUUCCCACCCUGGAAGAACUUGGAUUUGACACCGAGGGUUUGUCCUCGGCCGUGUGGCCAGGAGGAGAGUCGGAGGCUCUCACCCGACUGGAGAGGCAUUUGGAGAGGAAGGCGUGGGUGGCCAACUUUGAGCGUCCCAGAAUGAACGCCAACUCGCUACUCGCCAGCCCGACGGGCCUCAGCCCGUACCUGCGCUUCGGCUGCCUCUCCUGCCGCCUCUUCUACUUCAAACUCACCGACCUCUACAAGAAGGUGAAGAAGAACAGCUCCCCUCCCCUCUCGCUCUACGGUCAGCUGCUGUGGCGAGAGUUCUUCUACACGGCGGCCACCAACAACCCCUGCUUCGACAAGAUGGAGAGCAACCCCAUCUGUGUCCAGAUCCCCUGGGACCGCAACGCCGAGGCGCUGGCCAAGUGGGCCGAGGGCCGGACCGGCUUCCCGUGGAUAGACGCCAUCAUGACCCAGCUGAGGCAGGAAGGCUGGAUUCACCACCUGGCCAGACACGCCGUGGCCUGCUACCUCACACGGGGAGACCUGUGGAUCAGCUGGGAGGAGGGCAUGAAGGUGUUCGAGGAGCUGUUGCUGGACGCAGACUGGAGCGUGAACGCCGGCAGCUGGAUGUGGCUCUCCUGCAGCUCUUUUUUCCAGCAGUUCUUCCACUGCUACUGCCCCGUGGGCUUCGGCCGACGCACCGACCCCAAUGGAGAUUACAUACGGCGCUACCUGCCCGUUCUGAGAGGAUUUCCAGCCAAGUAUAUUUAUGACCCCUGGAACGCUCCGGAGGCCGUGCAGAAGGCAGCUAAAUGUAUUAUCGGCGUGCAUUAUCCCAAGCCCAUGGUGAACCACGCGGAGGCGAGCCGCAUCAACAUCGAGCGAAUGAAGCAGAUCUACCAGCAGCUCUCCUGUUACAGAGGCCUCGGGCUUUUGGCCUCAGUUCCAUCCAACUCCAACGGUAACGGGAACACCGAGACAUCCAGGGAUGGGAUGGGAUUCCCCAGCGAGGCUCCAGCUCCACCUGCCCGUCAGAUGCCGGUUCACAGUCAGGCAGACUGGCAGAAUGGUGUCAUGAUCUACCUGCAGAACGACCCACAGACCAGCGUCAGCACACACCAGCAGAGUUACACAACCAGCAGCAAUAUGUUGUGUUACACUCAGGCCGCCCAGCAGCUCACAGCCUCUGCAGCUCUGAAAGGACCUGAAACCCAUCCAGCCAUUCAGACCGGAGGCAAACGUCACUGUGAAGACUUUGGGACCAGCAGAGGAUCGAAGAUGCAACGACAAAGCAAUCACUAAACGAAGUCGGUUCAACAUGUCGUGUUGUCGCCUCACAGGGGUUCCUGCAGACUCGCCGGUCGUCGGUCACCUCACAGCCAAAACAAAAGACACUAAGACUGAAAGUUUUGCUGCAGCAUCACAGAGUUGCACGAAGACACCUUCAGGAUCCCAAACCCUUCCUUCGAUCCAUUCUCACAGUAAACGGCCUGCAGGUUUUCCUGAGGACACUCGCUCCGUGCCGACAGGACCGGAGAGGCUCUCGCACUGCUGUACCAGUCGUCCCUCUGUACAUAAUCCAUAUGCAGCUCUAAUACAACUUGUACAUUUUUGGAUAUUGUAUGUGUUUUCUCUCUUUUUGUGUAGACCCAUGAAUAUAUUUUUGAUAUGAGAACUCGUUACGGGCGGAUGAUUUUUGAAAAAAAAAACAAAAUUAAAAAAAAAAAGAAAAAAAGAAGCAUCCGUCCAUAAUUUUUAAAGAAAUGGUGAGAAAUCUUCACUGCUCUUGUGACAACGUGUCCUGUCUUUCUCUCGAGUUGUUAUAUUUGAGCCGUCCGGUGUACAUAGAAAGGUUUCUAAUGUUUCACUUCUCAUUUCCUUGCUCCAUUACGUAAGGACUCGUUCUGUACCAGUAUAGAGGUUUAUAACGCU